UGGUAUACCAUGGCUGGCACUUUCUCCAGAUAAAUCACUACAGCCAUCCCUGGAAGUCAUCACCAGGUGCAUUUUGAAUAGUGUCUGAGACUAAUCGACCCAGAAAAGCAAAAUGAUCCUCAACUCUUCUACUGAAGAUGGUAUUAAGAGAAUCCAAGAUGACUGUCCCAAGGCUGGCAGGCACAAUUACAUAUUUGUCAUGAUUCCAACUCUCUACAGCAUCAUCUUCGUGGUGGGAAUACUUGGAAACAGCUUGGUGGUGAUUGUCAUUUACUUUUACAUGAAGCUGAAGACUGUGGCCAGUGUUUUCCUUCUGAAUCUCGCCCUGGCUGACUUAUGCUUUUUGCUGACUUUGCCACUGUGGGCUGUCUAUACCGCUAUGGAGUACCGCUGGCCCUUUGGCAAUCACCUGUGUAAGAUCGCAUCAGCGAGUGUCAGUUUCAACCUCUACGCCAGCGUGUUCCUGCUCACCUGUCUCAGCAUUGACCGCUACCUGGCCAUUGUCCACCCGAUGAAGUCUCGCCUCCGCCGUACCAUGCUGGUGGCCAAAGUCACCUGCAUCAUCAUCUGGAUGCUGGCUGGCUUGGCCAGUUUGCCAGCUAUUAUCCACCGGAAUGUGUAUUUCAUUGAGAACACCAAUAUCACAGUCUGCGCUUUCCACUAUGAAUCUCAGAACUCAACCCUCCCCAUAGGGCUGGGCCUGACCAAGAACAUUCUGGGCUUCCUGUUCCCUUUUCUGAUCAUUCUCACCAGCUAUACCCUAAUCUGGAAAGCCCUAAAGAAGGCUUACGACAUUCAGAAGAACAAGCCGAGAAAUGACGACAUCUUUAGGAUAAUUAUGGCGAUCGUGCUAUUCUUUUUCUUCUCCUGGGUUCCCCACCAAAUAUUCACUUUUCUGGAUGUCCUGAUCCAGCUGGGCGUCAUCCGCAACUGUAAAAUCUCUGACAUCGUAGACACUGCCAUGCCGAUCACCAUCUGCAUAGCAUAUUUUAACAACUGCCUGAACCCCCUGUUUUAUGGCUUUCUGGGGAAAAAAUUUAAGAAAUAUUUCCUCCAGCUUCUGAAAUACAUUCCCCCGAAGGCCAAGUCCCACUCAAGCCUGUCGACAAAAAUGAGUACGCUUUCCUAUCGCCCUUCGGAUAACAUGAGCUCAUCAGCCAAAAAGCCUGCAUCUUGUUUUGAGGUAGAGUGACAGGUCCAGAGUCUGCUGGUGAAGCUGUGACAGAAGCCAGGGCCGCAUGCAGUUAGAUGGCACACUACCAAAGGAACAUUCACCCCUGCCUAGGAUCUAAGCAGAACAUGCAUUCAAUGGACUGUAGGUAUUUUCUAAAAACUCUGAAAGAAAACUUUGACAAGAAACCAAGCAAAGCCGCUCCUUGCCGCAUCUUGCAAUAGGUGAUGGCUGCCCAAAGGAAGAGUCAGGAGCCAUAUGGAUUUGUGGGUUUGGAAAGCGUUUGCUGGCAGAAAUGCAAUCUCCUCAGUCCCCUCUUGCUAUGUUCCUUUUGAUUUCCACAUGAAGGUAUGUAGAGCUUGUUGAAUGUUUAGAAACAAGAGGCAGGAGGUCAAGAUUAUUUGUUCUGCUCAAUGUCCAGAGGGCAAGGAACCUUUUUUUGAUCCCUUUAGUCAUUAGUAACAGCAGCCUGCUUGUCCCUGUUACUGCACUUAUCAGGCAAAGAUUUCCUAAGCUGUAGUGAUCAUGUUUCAGGAUCCCUUUGUAAAUUUCAGUCAGUGUCUUACUAAUGUCCAGCGACCCCAACCAAUGCCAGCUAGUGGUGUAUUUAUGUAGCAGUGUUACCAAAGUCACACAUCAAAGGCAAACUGCUUGUAAUUACUGUGACUUCCUAGGUUCUUCAGCUUUACUUCACAUGUAAGAAUUGUAUACUGUCGGUGGUGAAUAGACUAUAGAUCAUAAAAUCUGCCUUGCUCUCUAAAAAAGUAUAUAUUCUCUACAGCUCUAAACUGUCAUUUGGUGAAAAUCUGGCAAUGUUAUGUUUACCUCAAAAUAAAGUAAUUUUAUUGUAAUGUAUCUAAUCAUUAUUUAAAAUCGAAGCUUGUCUAUUUUUACAAUGACAUGGA